AUGUUUCGUCAAUUGACCUACCUCUCGCGCACUGCUGCUAUCCCAAGACAGACGAUGGCCUCUCGUGCCUUUACUGUCUCGCUAGCCUCGAGAAAAUCCGUGGUUGACACCGCCAAAGAUGUUUUAGAAAAGGCCAACAAGAAGACCGGUGAGUUUUUGGCUGGUACCAUCGAGCAAACCGAGAAGGUUGCCCCUACUGGUGAGAACAUCAAGCUGGCUGCCGGGAAGGUGAACCAAAAGACCGGUGAUGUUUUGGCUGAUGGCGUCGAGAAGGCUGAGGCUGCCGCUGGCAAGGCUAAGGAGGCAGCUUCUGAGGCUAAGGAACGUGCCUCUGAUGUCAAUGAAGAGGCCCAGGCCAAGGCUAAGGUCAAUGCCAAUACCGCUGGUUACGACAACCUCCAAGACAAGGGCUCUAAAGUUGAGUCUGAGCAGAACCGUCCUGACGACGCUGUGUAA